UGCUCAUUGUGCUAUGAGCAUAGCUCCGUUACGAAACGUUCCAGAGAGCUCGGGAACAUCUCAAAUUGAAAAGAAAAUUGUUUUAAAAGAUUUUGAGACGCAUCGGCUCCCUGCAAGACAAAGUCAACGUUUUUCUCAUAUCGAAAAAUCGAGAAAACUCGAAAAAACCAUGAUGUUCACCAAAGUUACAUUUUUCUACUUGAGUUUCUCGUCGGAGCAUUCAAAUUACUUUUUUCUUAUUCAACGAUAAAAACUAGUUUAGAAAGGUUGAGGUGAACUGUUCACUUAAGAGGUAAGCACUUGUGCGUCAUGGAUGUCCAAAUGGGUAUGGCUCAUUUUGUAAACCUAUCUGGAUUUUUGGACAAGGGCUACCUUUGAUUCGUAUGUUUAAAUUAAAACUUUUUCUAUGUCGUGACGUCGUUGAAUUUUUCAUUUAACUUCAGUUCAGGUCAGGAGACUUUAAAAGAUCUUCGAAAAGUCAAUAAAAUCUCUUUAACUUUUCGGAAACUUUUAAAUUUCUCCUAACUAAAGUUAAAAUAAAAAAUCCAACGACGUUACGACGUAGAAAAAACAUUUCUCUAUUUUUUGAAAUCAACCCAAAAUUUCUAGCUCGAAAAAUGACGGCGGAAUCCUGGAAGUACGAAAUUAUACUGUUUCAUCAAUAAUUUAAGAAUAACUCUUGGAAAACAUGUGAUAAGAGGCUGAAAUUACUAGAAUCACUAAGUUACCUCAAGAUACACAUUCUCUGACAUUUUCAUCAAGACGGAAUAUACCUGGAAGAAAAUAGGUUUCUGAGUGGCAGGAACCCUUAACAGUUGAACCAUAGUGUUGAACACACAUAAAACUCACACCAGAGGCGCUUAAUUCAAAAAUCUCGAGAGACGUCAACGAGAUCUCACUUUUUGUAGAACGAAAUCGACUAAGAUAAUCUCGAAAAUACAUCACUACCAAAACUCGUUUCCCGAUUAAAAACUAUCACACUUCUAUCUGUAGUGGGUGACGGUCGAUUACUGAGUGGGUUAAGUUUCUGAUGGAAGAAUGAUCAGUUCAACACUUUCCACUCUAGCCUCUCAAAAUCAUACUCAUUUUAUUCGAAAACUAUAUGAUUAUAUGCGUAAAGAAGAACACAAAAAAGUUGACCAGUUGAAAAAGGAACGUAAAAAAUUCUAUGAGCAGUGCUCUAACAGAAAAUGAACGAAAUAAACAUUUUUUAGUCGAAGAAGAAAAGAAAAUUAUUUCAAUGGUUCGAGCCCAGUAACUUGAUUAAUGCACGGACGCAAAGAAACGAAAGAUUCGGCAAAAUCUUGUGUGGCAUUUACGCAAAGGUGAAAAACAAUUUUUCCUUUUAAGCUUUUUUCUGUUCUUCCAGUAUCUGCUGAUAAAGAAAUUAUAAUGGAAGGAUAAAAUGUCAGUUUUGCUCUUCAUUCAUAAAAAGAAGAAAUUUUGAGAAACAAAAGUACUUAAGGUGCGUAAUAAUGUAUUUUGAAGAAUAUAACUAGUGGACAAAGAAGUAAUUUUGAACAAAUAAGCGAAUACAGAUUUGUUUAGCAUAUCUUUAUUCCUGAAAAGACCGAAAACAGACAUAAUAAACUUCCCAUGAGGUUAGUUUUUCGUUGGUCGGCUAACUGAUCCGUCACAGCUCCUGUCGAUUGCGACCAAAACUGCGAUUUCAUGAAAUCGCAGUCAACAUGGGUAAAGCCGCGUUUCGUCAAUUCAACUUUCACGAAUACGCAUUCGCCAUACUGGUGACUGGCGUCCACACGACAUCGGUCAAUACCUCCACGACAUUCGCCAGUAUCUGUCCUCAGUAUACAAAAUAGACAUUCGUCAGUUAUGGCGACUGUAACCGCAAAAAAUACAAGUUUAUUUUGUAUUUUUAUUGUAUUUUUUGCAGUUACAGGAUGAGCAGUCCAAGGCAUACAGAAUACAAAAAUACAAAAUAAACUUGUAUUUUUUGCGGUUACAGUCGCCAUAACUGACGAAAAAUGUUGUAGAAUCGAACUGUCAAAUUGUUUAUUUAGUUUAAUUACGUUAAUUCUUCAUACUUUUAAGCUAUCUAAAUGCAUCUUUUCAACGAAUGAUGAAUUAACUUUUUCAUGUUCAAGCUUUCAUUAAUAUUUUCUUCUAUGGAAAAGAUCGUACAGAAGUCAUAAGAAUUUUGGAAAAGUAUUUUGCUAUCUUCCUCUUUCUUAAUUAUCGAAUGUCGUAAAAAAAUUUUCAUCUCUUGUCCAAAUAAUUGAUAUUAUAAGAAAUGUAUUCUCAGAAUGCAAUCGCAAACAAUUAUGUUCAAGUUGAACAUUUUUGAGAGAGUUGGUAAGAGUUUAGACUGACAUGGCCUAAUGCACAAAGCUAAUUUCUUCAUAGACCGCUCGUUUUAUUCUUACAAGUUUCUGCUUCCAGAUUCACUGAAAUCAGCAUCCUGGAUCUUUUCAGGCACUAUCUGAUGCUCAAAACAAAGUUUGUUGUAGGAAAAUUGUCUUAGAGCACGCAAUCGACUAUAUAGUCAUUGCACCGGUGUAGGUCUAUGGUACCGUUCAUUACAGUUAUAGAACCAUACUAUAAAGCAACAACAACAGCCGACUCACUAAACACACACUCAUAUAAUGUAUAAAAGAGAGCGAAACAAGUGAAAAAAGAAAGAAAAAAAAGAGAUUGUGCCAUUAAUGGAUUCUUUUCGUUUUACGAAAAGUGAAUCCUCUUACAAAAUGAUUCUGAAUGUUGCAUUAAUUCUUGAUUUUUAAAUAGAUCGUAAUUGUUACAUGAUUGUGAAAUAACCGGUAACAGCGACACAGAAAGACCACUAGAGCAGAAACAAAAGCAAAAGAAUAUCAUUAUUUGGACAGAUCUUAAGAUAGAAAGAUUAGAUAAGUAGAGCAAUGAAUAAAAAAACACCAAGAAUAAAAUUUGUCGUUACUUGAAGAGAAAAAAGGUGGAUUGAUAUCAUAAAACUAUAUAGCACAGAACAGUAAAGCAUUUUUAGAGUACUGUCAUCGCAUUCAUAUUAUUAAUGAAGCGAUUUAGUAUUUUAAAUAAUUUGGGUUUAAUUGCAACAAUCUCGGGUGGUUUAAUUGCUGGUUCAACAUUAUAUUUUACAAAUGUUGAAGCACCAUCGGUAAUGAGACUUGGUGUAGAAGAAUAUUGGCGGUAUAUUCCCUUGAUGUAUUAUCGAGCUGUGACACAGUUUGUUUCAUUACUCUCAAUAUCUGGUUUGUCAGCAUUCGGUCAUGUUUAUUAUCAUGGUAAAAAUUUGCAAAGUAAAAACAUUUGGUUAACGGCUGGUAGUAUUAUGAUUGGAAUUAUGCCAUAUACUAUAAUAUUUAUGAUGCCGACACUAAAGAUAAUUCGCCAGAAAGAAGAAAAUAUUGUGUAUUCAUUAGAAACAAAAAAGAAUUUAAUAAAUAAAUUAACUCGCUUACACUUGCUAAGAACAAUAGGAUCAUGCGUAGCUUUUAGCCUGAUGGUUUAUUGUAUCGCAAAACAUUAG